CUCAUUCAUACAUGUACUCCUCAGUAGCUAAUCCCUAAGUCUAUUUGUGUCUAUUUUUAUACAUAUUGUAGCCAGAUAAAGACGAGUACUAAUCAACUAAUAGGAUAGGGAGCGAAAUUAACAUUUUAUAGGCCGUGUAAGCCAAAGAGAGGGAGGAGAGUUUGCACUAUAAAGGCGGACAACUGGGAAUCACACUAGGAAACUAUCAACACUAGCUACAGAACGGUGCUCCCGUGGAACAGUCAAGAGUAAAGAAGAAGACACCCUCUCAAAACCAGAAAGCCUCAGGUGAUUUUCCAGAACCAUGGCAAAGGUUUACAAGAAGACUAGUGGCAAUGGUUCGUUAUGCCUUUAUUUGGGGAGAAGAGACUUUGUGGACCAUGUGGAACAUGUUGACCCUAUUGAUGGGGUGCUCAAAAUUGAUCCUUCAGCUCUUAAUGGAAAGAAAGUGUGGAUACAGCUUGCAUGUGCCUUCCACUAUGGACGAGAGGAUCUGGAUGUGAUUGGAGUUUCCUUCAGAAAAGACAUCUGGAUAAAGCGCAUUCAGAUGCAUCCCUUUGAGGGAACCAAGCCCCCAAACACUCCAAUGCAAGAUGCGCUUUUGAAGAAAGUUGGAGACCAAGGACAUCCCUUCACUUUUGAUGUAAAUUCACAUUUAUGCAUUAGGUACUGUGAAAACAAUCAAGGAUGUCCUUCAUUGGUCUCUUCUGUUCUGUCUCAGAUUCCAGUACAUCUUCCAUGCUCAGUGUCCCUUCAGCCAGCACCAGAGGAUGCCGGGAAGCCUUGUGGGGUUGACUAUGAAGUCAAAGCCUAUAUUGCAAAUGAGGAAGACGAGACAGAUGAAAAGGCUGUCAAGAAGGACACUUGUCGUCUGAUUAUUCGUAAAAUCCAGUAUGCACCAAGUGAGCUAGCAGCCGGACCCAAAACAGAUCUCAACAAACAGUUUAUCACUGCAGACAAACCAAUUCACGUGGAGGCCUCCAUGGAGAAAGAGCUCUACUAUCAUGGAGAUCCUAUUCCUAUCAAAGUGAAAGUGAAUAAUGAGACCAGUAAAGUAGUGAAGAAAAUCAAAAUCAGCAUUCACCAAAUUACAGAUGUACUGCUCUACUCAGCGGACAAAUACCACAAAUGUGUUCUGAACGAAGAAUUUGCGGACCAAAUUAAUGCAAACUCCACCUUUGAGAAGGAAUAUAGAGUCACUCCUCUGCUUGCUAAUAACAAAGAGAAACGAGGUCUUUCACUGGAUGGCAAACUGAAAGAUGAAGACACCAACCUGGCUUCUUCAACAAUUCUACUACCCAACAUGGAUAAACAAAUACAAGGCCUCGUUGUUUCCUACAAAAUUAGGGUUACCCUGAUAAUGGGAGGUGGUCUCUUGGGAAGCCUAACAUUAAGUGAUAUUACCGCUGAACUCCCCUUGAUUCUGAUGUCACCUAAACCAGCAGAAGUGACUGAUAUAGACCUUGAAAGACUCUACAGCCAGUGACGGAGAGGAACAAGUCAGAGGGACAACUUCAUUUCAUGAGCUAUAGACUAUAGAUGCUUCCUUGUUGCAAAUAUCUGUGUUAAAGGAAUUAACUGUAUAAUGUUAAAAAUGGGCUAAAGGCCUUGUACACUAAAAGGAACUCAUUGACACUGAAACCAUGCAUUGGUCUGAUGCUGAUGUCAUGUUUAUUUCUUCUGCCUUUAUCAUGGGAUCUCAGAUUAAUGUUUUAGUUUCUUUUUGUAUGUGAAUGUAAAAAAUAAAGGAGUAAUGAACUAACGAUAUAUGUAUUAUUAUAAUUAUAUUAAAUUCUAUUCGUUUUUCUGUCUGUGGUGAUGGUAGAACUUAAUAAACACUGGACUGUUAUUUGGACCACUA